AUCGUUUGGUAUACCAGUAACUAGUCAAAGGAUCAAACAUGAGUGCAUCUAAAUCAGUUGUAUUAGCUCACAUCAAGGAAUACUUGAGCAGAGACCCAUCAUUGGCCAAGGUUGAAAAGGCUUUGCAGAAAGCUCUCGAAGGUGAAGACUUGCCUGAGGUCGCUGAGAAGUUAGAAGAUAUCAUUGGCAAGACCAAGGAAGAAGAAGUAAAAGAAGACUCAGACAGUGAUGAUUCUUCUUCUGACGAAUCUUCAUCAUCUGAAAGCGACAAUGACAGCGAUGAUGAAAGUUCUGAUAGCGAAAGUUCCAGCUCAGACUCAGAUUCAGACUCCGAAUCCGAAGAAGAAAAGGAAGAAAAGAAGGAAGAAGUAGCUGAAACCAAGGAAGAUUCGAGUUCGUCCAGUUCAGAAUCCGACUCGAGCUCUUCUGAAUCAGACAGUUCAUCUGACUCAGACAGCUCCAGCUCUUCAGACAGUUCAUCUGACUCAGACAGCUCCAGUUCCAGCUCCUCAGAUAGCUCCUCAGAUUCCGACAGCUCAUCUGACUCCGAUGAUUCCUCAGACUCCGACAGUUCAGAUUCUGAAAGCUCCUCCGACAGCUCAGAUUCUGAAAGCUCCUCCGACAGCUCGUCCGACAGCUCGUCCUCAGACUCAAGCUCUGAAAGCGAAUCAGACUCAGACUCAGAAUCAGAAUCAGAAAAACCAUCCAAAAAGAGAAAACAAGAAUCGUCAGAAGAACCAGCAUCAAAGAAACCUAAAACCGAAGAACCAUCUUCGUCAACUGCAUCAAUCUCAUCCCCACCAUCUUCCCGAGGAAUCUCUGCCACCCCAGAACCAGAAUUAAAACCAGGCCAAAGAAAACAUUUCUCGAGAAUAGACAGAACCAAAGUCUCUUUUGAACACCACGCCUUGCAAGACAACACUUACAAAGGUGCUGCUGGUACUUGGGGUGAAUUAGCCAAUGAAAAAUUAACCCAAGUGAGAGGUAAAGAUUUCACCAAGAACAAAAACAAAAUGAAGAGAGGUGCCUACAAAGGCGGUUCCAUCACUCUUCAUUCCGGUUCCUACAAAUUUACCGAUUAAACUAGGUGAAAGACUUUUUAAUAGAAAUGUAUAGAGUAUAAUUUUAUGAUUGUGAUAUUCGCCCAAGCGCACGACCUUUUUCUUUCUACCAUCAUCAAAGUGUAUAAAGCUGAAUCCCUUUUUUCCUUUUCUUGCUUAUAAAUCAACCACACUUUCCUUCUGAAAGCAACAUAUAAAUCGUACAUCCAUGUCCAGCAGUCGCAGAACCGGAGAAGUAAACUAUGCCGAAUUGAACAAUGGAGAUUAUGACGAUGAUUUCUUAUCAGACGACAAGAUAUCAGACGAAGAUGAAUACGGAGCCAAACCCAGAAAGAGAAAGAACAAGAGUUCCACAGUAGACAGCCAGGCCAAGAGGAAGCAAGCCCAAUCCACAGUGGACUACAUUCGGAAUGAGGUCGAUGACACCAACUUCUCCGAUGAAGAACUAAUCGAGUUGACUCCAGACAUCCCGGCCGAUUAUGUCCCAGAUGCCGUGUCUAAGGCGUUUGGCAAGGCCGAUUUCUCAUAUUUAAAAUUAAAACCAGACCAUUUUUCAAGACCAAUAUGGAUAUCGCCAAACGACGGGAGAAUUAUCUUGGAAUCAUUCUCACCCUUGGCUGAACAAGCCCAGGACUUUCUUAUCACCAUUGCUGAGCCAAUAUCGAGACCUUCACACAUUCAUGAAUAUAGAAUCACAGCUUACUCUUUGUAUGCCGCCGUGUCUGUGGGGUUGGAAACUGACGAUAUUAUCCUGGUUUUGAACCGAUUAUCGAAAGUGCCCGUGGCCGAAUCAAUUAUAAAUUUCAUCAAGGGAGCAACCGUGUCUUAUGGUAAAGUCAAGUUGGUCUUGAAACAUAAUAGGUAUUUCGUGGAAAGUACCCAAGCAGACAUUUUACAAAUGUUGUUAAAAGAUCCAGUUAUUGGACCUUUAAGAAUACAAUCCUCCGAGAAUACCGUUACCAGCAAUGGUCUUGUACAGUCCGCAGCACCUUCUAAUGAUAUUGUUAUUCCCGGAACCAAGAAGCCAGAACAGGACAAGAAUAACAAUACCGAAGCUGAAGAUAUUUUCGCUUCGGUGGUUGGAAAUAAAGGCGAAGAAGACAAUGACGACGACGAUUUAGAUACGGUCCAUUCCUUUGAAAUAUCCAAUGACUCGGUGGAAAUAGUCAAGAAACGAUGUCAAGAAAUCGAAUACCCCGUGUUGGAAGAGUACGAUUUUCGUAAUGAUGCUCGAAAUGCCGAUUUGGAAAUUGACUUAAAACCAUCGACGCAAAUCAGACCUUACCAGGAGAAAUCCUUGUCCAAGAUGUUUGGUAAUGGUCGUGCCAGAUCGGGGAUUAUUGUUUUGCCAUGUGGGGCUGGGAAGACUUUAGUUGGUAUUACUGCCGCCUGUACCAUUCGAAAAUCUGUGAUUGUAUUGUGUACUUCGUCGGUGUCGGUUAUGCAAUGGAGACAGCAGUUUUUACAAUGGUGUACUAUCCAACCAGAGAAUGUUGCUGUUUUCACAUCGGAAAAUAAAGAAAUGUUUACCAGUGAUUCCGGGUUGGUUGUGUCUACAUAUUCUAUGGUAGCCAACACCAGAAACAGGUCUCAUGAUUCUCAAAAAGUGAUGGAUUUCUUGAGAUCGCGAGAAUGGGGGUUUAUUAUCUUGGAUGAAGUCCAUGUUGUUCCCGCCGCCAUGUUUAGACGAGUCGUCACCACCAUUGCUGCACACGCCAAGCUUGGAUUGACGGCAACAUUAGUUCGUGAAGAUGACAAGAUUGACGAUUUGAAUUUCUUGAUUGGUCCUAAAUUGUACGAAGCCAAUUGGAUGGAUUUGGCACAAAAGGGCCAUAUUGCCAAUGUUCAGUGUGCGGAAGUGUGGUGUCCCAUGACGUCGGAAUUUUACCAGGAAUACUUGCGAGAAUCAGCAAGAAAGAGAAUGCUUUUGUAUAUUAUGAACCCAACCAAGUUCCAGGCAUGUCAGUUUUUGAUUCAUUAUCAUGAAAAGAGAGGGGAUAAAAUUAUUGUGUUUAGUGAUAAUGUGUACGCCUUGCAAGAGUAUGCUUUGAAAUUGGGGAAGCCAUUUAUUUACGGAAGUACACCACAACAAGAACGGAUGAAGAUUUUACAGAAUUUCCAACAUAACGAUCAGAUCAAUACAAUUUUCUUGUCCAAGGUUGGUGACACUUCUAUUGAUUUACCGGAAGCCACUUGUUUGAUUCAGAUUUCUUCCCAUUAUGGAUCAAGAAGACAAGAAGCACAGAGAUUGGGCAGAAUUUUGCGAGCCAAAAGAAGAAACGACGAGGGGUUCAAUGCAUUCUUUUAUUCAUUGGUGUCGAAAGAUACACAAGAAAUGUAUUAUUCCACCAAAAGACAAGCGUUUUUGGUUGACCAAGGGUAUGCAUUUAAGGUUAUCACUCAUUUAAGUGGGAUGGAACAAUUGCCAGAUUUGGCAUAUGCAUCACCCCGUGAACGGAGAGAGCUUUUACAGCAGGUGUUGUUGAAGAAUGAGGAUGCUGCUGGGUUGGAAGUUGGUGAUGAUGUCGAUACCAAUUUCAUCUCCAAGGAAAAGAGAAUGAAGUUGGAGAGACAACAAGGUUCAGGCGCAACCCGUACCGCUGGAUCCCUUGCUGGGUUGGCGGGUGGAGAAGAUAUGGCAUAUAUCGAAUACAGCAAGAAUAAGAAUAAGGAGUUACGAGAUCAACACCAUCCAUUGAUUCAAAAAAUGUAUUAUCCUAAACAAGGCAAGAAGUAAAGUAUUUAGUCUAAACCAUAUAUAUUAAUACACUAACUAGUUACGAAAUCCCCAAACUCAUCGUCUUCGUCGUCUUCUUCUUCGUGGCGACUCCCUUGUAGAUCAGUCUCGGAAUCACUGUCCGAUCCGCUUACGGAAACGCUCUCCUCACUGACACUAUCACUUGAGUCGUUGGUGUUGCCCACGUCACUGGUGAAUGAAACGCUAUUCAUAGCAUAAAGCAUUCGGUCGUAAUAGUACAGAUGUUGGGCAUACCCAUAUCGAGAGUUGUACACUUCGAGACAUUCAGCAAACCUAUACGCCUGCUUUAAAUCUUUUAUUUGCAAUCCAAGCGCCACUUGAAUAAGGUCGCUGUCAUGCUCGUCUUCUUCCAAGUAUGGAUGGUACCCUGUGCCUGGGAGUUGUACCACUACGCGAAAAUGUCGGUCUGAAUUGUCGACUUCUAAUAUUGUGUCUUUAUUAUCGUGGGCUAUAGUGUGUAAUCGUUUCAUCUCCAAAUGGGCCAAGUCGCUUAACUUCAUGGUGUUGUCAUACUCAAUGCUGACUAAGGGGUUAUACCAAGUCUCGGCCCAUAUUUCCUCUACACCGGAGUCAGGCAGUCGGUUGUAGAAUUCAAUUUUGGCACGUAAGUUUUGGAAAGGUUCCACCAUGUAUUUCUUGUACUCCCCUGACGACGACGACGAUGACUCUACUGUCAACCCUGCGAGUUGGGUGUCGCCGGUGGAGUAUUCUUCCUGGGCUUCUUGUUCGCAGAACCUCAUGAAACCCAGCCACACCUGAUUUGAGUCUGUGAGGUCCCAACUAUUGAUGUUGGAUGUGGCCCCUGGGGAGAUCUUGUAGAGGGAUACACCGCCACAUUGGAAUAGUUGUCUGGUUACAUAAUGAGGGGAAUGUACCGCCAUUAUGUACAAUCAAUUGCAAAUUAUAUCUCCUUGGUGUGAAUAUAUGUAUCCAGGGAGUCUAAGGUUUGAUUAUCGAGGUUUAAAGCAGUCAAUUACCAUUGAGCUUCAUAACCUGUUGUAGU